UUUUGUAUAGAUAUAUCAUUAUCAACUACUCUUGUGUUUGAGAGUCUCUGAUCUCAUCAUUCACAAGAGUCUUUAAGGGAAAAUUAAAGAGAGAAAUAAUAUGGCACAAUUAUUUGAAGGAAAGAAAUGUUCUAUUUUCACAAAUUUGUUCUUUCUUCUAUUCUCUAUAUCCAUGUUAGUAGUAGCUUAUGGGAAUAAUAAUAAUAAUAAUGUGAAAAAACCAACAUUAUUCAUAUUUGGAGAUUCAACUUUUGAUGUUGGAACCAACAAUUUUCUAAAGAGUAUAGCAAAGGCUAACAUCCUCUACAAUGGGAUUGAUUUCCUUUAUUCAAUUCCCACUGGAAGGUUCAGCAAUGGCUACAACACUGCUGACCAAAUUGCGAGGCAAUUUGGUUAUAUGGAAAGUCCACCACCAUUUUUGGUUUUGGCUAAGCAUCCGUACAGUUUCAAGAGGAACAUACUUGGUGGUGCAAAUUUUGCCUCAGCAGGUUCUGGAAUUCUUAAAGAAACAGGCAAGAAGCAAUGGGUUGAACAAUUUAAAUUUGUGCGUGAGAAAAUCAAUGAGAAAUUGGGAGAAGAAAAAGCUUGUAGAUUUGUUUCAAAUGCUUUGUUUCUAAUUAGUGUUGGAAGCAAUGAUCUCUUUGAUUUUGCACGUAAUGAAACUUCCAUUCGCAACCCACAACAAUAUUUGGCUUCUCUUCAAGCCACCUACUUCAUCCAUAUAAAGGUAUCCUAA